AUAAUAUGCCAGAAAUGCGAAAAUUAAUUCGGAAACCACAUCUCAGUCUUCAGCAAAUAUAUAAAAGACUUUGUGAGAAGGAUUUUAAUACCGCAAUUGUCGAUGAUGAUACUGGCAUUCAGUUCACACAACCGCAUGCUGAAGGACCACUUUUAGGAGAUUUUCCAGCUAAUGUUUGGCACCAGUUUCACAACCUGCAAGUUGGUAAAUUCAGAUAUGCAACGAGUCUGCGUGACAGCUACUGCGCGUUAGAAGAUUCAAGAAUUUGUCUCAUAAAAAAUAUAAUAAAUUAUGGAGACCAAACUUUUUUUAUUGUUCAACAUUUUCGAACUGCCCUGCCGGUAUACAAUAUUGGAAUCACGUCGGACGUUGCAGGCGUAUUUAAUUGUUCAAAUUUAUCUCGUAGGCUUGAAGCAGUUAAUAUCAAAGAUGUGAAAAGCAAAGUUUACAGAAUGCCUAAAUGGAGCAGUGCAAAUGGAAGGGAAGAAGUAGUGAUUGAAAACAAUUGGAUAUGCGUUUUGUUUCUAUCAACGAUAGUGUGGCCAGGAAAUUAAUACCAUUUACUUCUUGAUUACAAUAUUUCUCAGUGGAUAUCAUAUAGAAGUAACUGCAGCACCAUGUCACAUUUUUUAACUUUAAAAGGAUCGGAACAAAGUAAAGCAAAACGAGCACUUUGGACUACUACCAGUGGUAGGAAAAUUAAAACCCCUCAAAAUCUUUUGACGACCGAUGACGAUGCACCUUCGGAAAAAAUAUCUAAGAAUCACAAAAGUGUUAAAGAGCAGAUAGAACAUUUGACAGCAUUAGCAAAACAAGUUAUGCCUAAUAAUUUACGGAAAGUCGAAUCAGCGGCAGAGAAGGAUGCAAAAAAGCAGACAAAACUAUUGGCAUCAGUAAAAAAACAAAAUGGACUCGAAAAACCGAUCGACUCCGUAUCAAAAGCAAGCAAAGUUGAAACUCACUCUUCCAUGGUCCCAGCACCAAAAGCAGACAUUCCAAAAUCUGGAGGCAGUUCUAAUCCACUAGAAAUAGUUAAAACAGUUCCCUCGCAAUCU